GGUGCAGGGCCUGGGCGGACGAGGGCCGGGAGGAGGGGCGCGGGCUGUGGUGUCGGGUGUUUUGGUUUGCAUUUUUUUUUCCGCGAAAGAAGUUUGCUUUGGCCACGCCUCAAAGCGGCCGCCUCCUCCUGUCCCCUCCUCCGCCCCUCGGCGCACACCUCUCGGGUGCUGAUUGCAAAGCGCCUUCUGUUUCCAGAGCUGCGAUUUUUGCAAGAGCCAGGCUCGCCCACCUUGUAAGAAGGAGCGCCUGUGUCCCCUUGCACCCUGUUACAAAGAAACGGCCGCCUGAUUUAGUCACCCACUCGCCCAGACUGUAUGACCUCCCGGGACCCUCUUGACUCGCAUGUUUCUGCACGAAAGAGCGCAAAUCCCUGGCGCUCCUAGGAUUUGCAGCGUUCUGGAUACUGGAGCCUUGCAAGCUACGCGCGCCCGACCCUGGGCAGACACUCGCCCGAGCCUCAGGAGCGUGCCGGUGCCUGGCGAGCCAGCCCUUCGCCUCUCCAUGAGCCCAUGAACCUGGGGCCAGGUGCCCGGCGAUGGCGCGGCCUCUGAGCGACAGGACUCCGGCUCCCCUGCUGCUGGGCAGCCCUGCCGGGGCCCCGCCUGGCGGGGGAGCGCUGCUCGGGCUGCGGAGCCUCCUGCAAGGGACCAGCAAGCCCAGAGAGCCGGCCAGCUGUCUCCUGAAGGAAAAGGAGCGCAAGGCGGCUCCGCCCGCACCCACGGUCCCGGGGCCGGGCCUGGAGACGCCGGGCCCGGCAGAUGCCCCCGCUGGGGCGGUGGGAGGCAGCGGGUCCCCUCGGGGACGCCUGGGCGCCGUGCCUGGCCCGAGUCUGUUGGCGCCGCUGCUGUGGGAGCGUACGCUGCCUUUCGGCGACGUGGAGUACGUGGACCUGGACGCCUUCCUGCUGGAGCACGGGCUCCCACCCAGCCCGCCGCCCCCGGGCGGCUCGUCGCCUGCGCCCUCGCCCACGCGCACGCCUGCGCCCUCGCCCGGGCCCGGCUCCUGCGGCUCGGCCUCCCCGCGCUCCUCGCCCGGGCACGCCCCCGCCCGGCCCGCCCUGGGGGCCGCCGGCGGCCACCGCGCAGGCCUGACCCCUCGGGACACACCCAGUCCUGUGGACCCAGACACAGUGGAGGUGCUGAUGACCUUUGAACCCGACCCAGCUGAUCUUGCCCUGUCAAGCAUUCCAGGCCAUGAGACCUUUGACCCUCGGAGACACCGCUUCUCAGAGGAGGAACUUAAGCCCCAGCCAAUCAUGAAGAAGGCGAGGAAAAUCCAGGUGCCAGAGGAGCAGAAGGACGAGAAGUAUUGGAGCCGGCGGUACAAGAACAAUGAAGCAGCCAAGCGGUCUCGCGAUGCCCGGAGGCUCAAGGAGAACCAGAUAACGGUGCGGGCGGCCUUCCUGGAAAAGGAGAAUGCCCUGCUGCGGCAGGAGGUGGUGGCGGUGCGGCAGGAGCUGUCUCACUACCGGGCCGUGUUGUCUCGCUACCAGGCCCAGCAUGGGGCCCUGUGAGAGCCCUCCUUUCUCCUCCUCCUCCUUGCUCAGACUUGUGCCCUGACGCCUUUUCCCUCCCCGCCCUGUGGCCCACAGGCUGGCCAGCUGGGUGCCCCAGGGACGUGAUGAUGCAGAUAAAUACAUUUAUAUUUUUAAGAAAAAGAGAGCCUCCCCCCUCCCAUGCGGGGGCGGGGAGGGUCCCGUGUGUGCUCCGGACACGUCGGGGACCCCUUACUCCCACCGCCUCCAUUAACAUGAUCCUGAAUAAAUCUUGAGAACCCCAGA